GGAGCUACGGUUUUUUCCAACCGUCACUUUCCCACAACCACCACUCUGUGUCAUUGUGCCAAUUGCCGACUUGCUGUUUUCAAUUAACACAAGCACACAUUUCCAAAUAUGGCAGCAAGCUUGCGCACAAACACCGCGACGACGGCGCUUCGGCCGCUGACCUCGGCGCUGCGACCGGCUGCGGGCCGACAGGCCGCGGCGCAGUACCUCCCCCGUGUUGCGCGACGAUACAAGUCCGGUCCGUAUGGGUAUACCCAGGCCAAGGCGCUCGUGUUCUCCAAGGAGGGCGAGCCCAGCGAUGUUUUACAACUACACACACACUCCAUCUCCCCCUCGAUCCCCUCCUCCGCCGUCCUCCUCCGCGCCCUCGCGGCUCCCAUCAACCCGGCCGACAUCAACACCAUCCAGGGCACGUACGGCGCCAAACCCCCCUUUACGCAACUCAUCGGCACCCCCGAACCCUCUGCGAUUCCCGGAAACGAGGGCGUCUUCGAGGUCGUGUCGGUUGGAUCCAAGGAUUCCGGGCUGAGCAAGGGCGACUGGGUGAUUCCCAACGCCAGCUCGUUCGGGACGUGGCGCACGCAUGCUGUUGCUGAGGCGAAGGAUGUGAUGAAGGUUAGCAAGGAAGGGUUGACGCCUACGCAGGUUGCGACGGUCAGCGUGAACCCCUGCACGGCGUACCGGAUUUUGAGAACGUAUGGACCGGGGGAGAUUCGUGCGGGCGCGGAUGGUGGUAUGAAGGCUCUUGAUCCGGGGAGUGGCGGGUGGUUUAUUCAGAAUGGUGCGAAUAGCGGUGUCGGACGCGCGGCGGUGCAACUAGGGAAGUUGUGGGGGUUGAGAAGUAUCAACGUCAUCCGGGAGCGGGAGACGCCCGAGGAGACGGAGGCGUUGAAGGAGGAAUUGACGGGGUUGGGCGCCACCGUCGUGGUGACGGAGAAGGAGUUUCUGGCGAGGGAGUGGCGCGAUCGGCUUGCGGAGCUGACGAGGGGCGGGAGGGAGCAGGUCGGGCUCGGGCUGAACUGCGUGGGCGGGAAAUCCGCGACAGCGGUGGCAAGGAGUUUGGGGGAGAGCGGGACGAUGGUUUCGUAUGGUGGGAUGGCGAGGCAGCCCGUCAUGUUGCCUACGGGGUUGUUGAUCUUCAAGGAUAUCAGGUUCGUCGGGUUCUGGUUGAGUAAGUGGAACGAGAGGGACCCCACGGGAAGAAAGUUUGCGAUUGAGGAUGUCUUGGGGAUGAUUAGAGAGGGUAGGUUUAGGGAUGUGCCUGUUGAGGAGGUUCCUUGGAGCUGGGGUACUGAGGAGGGGGUUUUGCAGAGUGCCGUUCAGGGGACGCUUGGUGGGUUUAGGAAGGGCAAGGGGGUUUUCGUUUUUGGGGAGACGUGAGAGGUCAUGUGUAGCUGCUGAAGGAUGAGGUUGUGUUUAUAGAGGCGGGUGUGGUGGUGUAGGAUAUGGGACAGAGACUGUAGAUGCAGCCUGUAUGACAGGUGGUGGUCUUCCGUCAGAGGUAUAUCAUGCGAAUAGUUAGCUUGAGACAAGACAUGGCUCACGACCGGAGACGCUCAGUGAAGCACAUCUGACGAUCCACGCUCACAGCUCAAAGCCUUGAGUGUCGUUAUCAUUUCUUUAAAUCUGGGACUUGAAAUAC